ACUGCUGUUAAACGGAACUCCACAGACCAGAGGAUCGUUGGGACAGAAAGAUGCCACUGGUCACUCAGUAACGCUGCAUUUUUAUCAAGUAUAAGCACCUCGCUGCGGUUUUCACAGGCAGUUGCACUGAAGCUGAUUUCGUCUGGAUUUUAAGUUUGUUGCGCUCGGCUUUGGAGGUGACAGGCUGGACCCGCCGCUGCCCGCAGAGACGGAGGUGAUGGACCGAGAUGCAGACGCGGAUGCGAGGAGGAAGAUACAGUUCUCCGUGCCUUCCUCCGUGCCCACCCAGCUGGACCCGCGACAGGUGGAGAUGAUUCGACGUCGGAGGCCGACACCUGCCACACUGUUCAGACUGACAGACCCACCAUCACCAGAGGAAGAAAGCAGCCCACAUCAGGUAGAUGUGCACGUGAGCAUUCACUCUAUGAGAGCUAAAAAUCCACUGCAGUGGGCUCUUGGGGAAAAUGGAGCUUUGAAAGCCAAACUGGUUCACAUGUCAACCUACCAGCCGCCAUCUCUUAAAGCUGUCCAGAAGAUGGCACAGGCCCAUUUGUCCUCCCUUGACAUGAGGUCUGUAGACAUAGAGUCGUCUUCAGGGGAAGAAGAGGAGCAACAUGACGAGGAGAGGCAGCAGAAAACCUCAGGUGGAUCCAAAAGAAGAAAGCAAACCACAGAGGGAACGUUGUGGUCGUCUGGACAGUCCAACAGAAAGUCUCUGUCAUCACCACAAAGACAAAGAGGAGGCCAAAGAAAGACAGGAAGAAAAGGGAGAAUGACAAAAGAAGAGGGCUGUGAUGGAGACAGAAUUAGUGAGAAAUCUAUAUGCAUAGCACGUGUAUGUACCAUACAUAUGUGUGCAUGAAAAAGUGUGUAAGUGUGUAGUAUUUGGGUCUGUGGGUAAAAGUGUAAAAGAAGAAUGUAGAAAAAAGAAAAGCACAACAGAGAUUCUUUGACAAAGGUCAGACUGUUAUUGAGCUGACUGAGGAAACAUUUAGCCUGAGACUUGUGAAGUAAAUCGCAUCUCCAUGAGCCAAAGAAGCGAGGGUGAAAUUCCAAUCAGAGAACGACACUGCACAAGACAUAUGAGAAUAGCUAAGAACUGUUGUAUUUUCAUAAAGCAUUCAUAACAUUUUCAAAAAUGUGUUUUUUUAUUCUGUUGUGUGAAGGUGUGUGAAGACUGUGAGACUCAUUUCAUCUGUAUUUGAAGAAUUAGAAUUUACAUUGCCUUUACUGACAUCACGUUUAAAGGGGCAUGAACCAAAGUGACACGGGUGCUAAAUCUACAUUUCACGUCCAAUUAAAAGAUGGCAAAUGAAGUGCGCAAUUUACGAAAAAGCCAAAUGUCACAGCAGGUAGUGAACACAGAUUUGCAGCAAACACGUUUUCCUGUGUGUAUUGUACAAAUGCACAAGAUUACAUUUUGUAUGUAGUAUCACUGAAAACAGUAACAGGCUGUUAUUUUAAGGAGUAUCAUGCAAUGUGGCUUGUGGUAGAUGAUGUGGUUGACAGACAUGAUACUUUGUGUUAAAUAAAAGUCUCCAGUGCAGUAAACAUAGCCAGUCCCUGCUGAAAUUUAGCUCAGAAAUUGUGGGACUUCUUCCAAAGUCAUAUGCAACUCUGAAGUUUGCUUUUCAGUUUGCUUUCCUCAGUCUUUCACAUAUUUGUCUGCAAGGUCAAGAAAUCAAAAGACUGAGGAUUACAGACGAAUUCAGCACAAUCACAGCCACAGUAGACCAGAUUAUAUCCUAACAGAUUAAUCCAACUAAUCACGAUAAUGCAGCAGUGUUUCUGGCUAGAUAUUUUGAACAGUUUUUUUUUUUUGUAAAAUGGAGAUUAGCAGACAUGAUAUGUUUGGGAUGGCACACGUGUCAGCUUGAUCCUGCAAGAAGACUUACCUGAUUUUCAGAAACAUCACAUAUAACAGUUUAUUCAUGACCCUGUACAUAAACACUGUUUUGUGGUGAUUGAUAUUAAAUCAUUUAUAAUAGGCUGUGUUUGUAUAUUUUGGUCAUAUAUUCUGAGUUCUGAGUUCAUAUGUUCUGCUGUUCUGAGUUUUUAUUAUCUGAGAGCUCUAAAACAUUUUUUAAAUGUUUGCAGACAGCCUUGGAUUUAACCAAGGAUAUUUGUGUUCUUUAUCAUAGGUAUACACUCACCUGCCACUUUAUUAGGCACACCCAUUCAACUGGUUUUGCAGUGACUCAACUUAGCUCAAAUUUAGCCAUGCAUAUGUGUUCAAGAAAACCUGCUGAGGUUCAAAUUGAGAUUUGUAAUGGGGAAGAAAGAUGAUUUUAAGUGAACAUGGCAUGGUUGUUGGUGCCAGACAGGCUGGUCUGAGUAUUUCACAAAUGCUGAUCUACUGGGAUUUUCCCACACAACCAUCUCUAGGGUUUACAGAGAAUGGUCUGAAAAAGGAAAAAAUAUCUUGUGAACGGAGCUCCUCUGUGUGAAAAUGUCUUGUUGAUGCAAGAGGAGAAUGGCCAGACUGCUUCAAACUGAUAGGGAGACAAACCAAGGUUUAUUGAAUGCACAACACGUAGAAUGGGCUACAACAGCAGAAGGCCACACCAAGUGCCACCAUUGUCAGCUAAUAAACAAGAAACUGGGUGUACAGUUCGCACUGGCUCACCAUGAUUGGUCAACAGAAGAUUGGAAAAAUGUUGUCUGGCCUGAUGAGGCUGGAUAUCUGAUGCAACAUUCAGAGGGUAGUGUCAGAAUUUAGCAUAAAGGCAUGGAUCCAUCCUGCCUUGUAUCAGUUGUUCAUGCUGGUGGGGGUGGUGUCAUGGUGUGGGGCACACUUCCUUGGCACACUUUGGGCCCCUUACUACCAACUGAGCAUCAUUUAAAUGCCACAGCCUACAUGAGUAUUGUUGCUGACCACGUCCGUCCUUCUAUGAUGACAGUGCACCCAUCUUUUGAUGGCUGCUUCCAGCAGGAUAACACACCAUGUCACAACCAAAGUUCAAAUCCUCAAAACAGCUAUUUUAAUCCAGAAUUUCAAACACUGGAUACAUUUCUAAGGUUUUAUUUCAAGUCAAAUUUCCAACUUAAAAACAUGACAAUGCAAUGACACAAAGAUUUGAUGACACUUGCAGCUACACAGUGCUGUGCAAGUCGACGGAUUACUCUUUUGUCCUUUUAGCAUAUGACGCAAACAGCAAAGUUCAGACAUUUAACAUUCAUUCAUGCCAACUGUUUCCUAUGCAAUUCAAUGUGUGAAGACUCCUUUAAUCCUUGGCUCAGCUCUCUCAUCCUUGCACACUCUGUCAUUAAUCUUUAUUUUUAUUAGUAAUAGUAGUAUUAACAGACUAACUCAGAGACACAGAGAUGCAUUUACAGCCACUUUCGAAUCACUGAUUAACCUGAGAAGCAGGUCUUUGGAAAGGUUAAAAACUUUCUUGCUGGGAGGCAACUGAUGCACCACUACUGGCUAACUCGUGUAACUAAUCUGACUGCACUAAGUUUUAAGGUUAGUUAGUCUUCUCCCCUCACCUAGUUUAGUCCACUGUAACUUAACUGAAGUUUAUAUAAGGUGUUUUUCAUUUCAUUUAGCACUUAAAGCACUUUUUAUAGUCCAGCUGUCUGCAAACAGAUUUUUUAAUGCUUACACACACAUGCAAACCUAGAUGGAUGCAUCAGGUGAUGCGUGGGGUUCAUUAUCUUGCUCAACAACACUUCAACAUACAGAUGAAAGAAGGAGACAAACCCUUCUAAAUCCUGAGCCACCAUAAACUACAUUUUUGGGGCCAUCGUUCCGAAUUGUGAAACCAGUGAGGAGUGUAAGGGGAGAUGUGAUAGAAACAAACAACAUACAAAUGAUCUGAAUGUAAGAUUGCAUGUUGGACCAGUGGUUCCCAGUGUGCCGUGAAAUAUG